UUUCCGCAUCUUUUAUUUACUUUAAUUUGUGAAAUUUUGGAAAACUCGCACACUGUUGUACAUUUUGUACGUUUAUACAGAGACCCCUUUCUCAAAAUAAUCCAAAAUUGUUGCAAGGUGCUAAAAAGAAAAAGUUGAAAACCCCAACAAUUAUAGUACACUUGAGCACUGAGCCAUGAACGCACCUAGAACAAGAAGAACAGGAGUAACACCUGUGAAAAAACACCCAAAUUUGGCAACAAAAGAGUGAAAACUCAGAGAAAAAUAAAAAAAUAAAAAAAUUCCCAACAGGUACAAGAUUUGAGAAAGUUCACAAGAUUUCCAAAUUUUUCGUCUUUGACCCAGAGAAAGAAAGGACGAGGUGACUAUUGUUAAAACUGAGUGGCCUAUUCUUGUCAUGAUGAGAAGAGAAGAAUCUGAGGGAGGAAGCAGUAGGUGCCAAGACUGUGGAAAUCAAGCUAAGAAAGAUUGUGAAUAUUUGAGGUGUAGAACUUGUUGCAGAAGCCGAGGUUUUCAGUGCCGAACUCAUGUUAGAAGCACUUGGGUUCCUGUAUCAAGAAGGCGGCCAAGACAUCAGCAGAUGCAAAUUUCCUCUAUUGUUCAACAACAGCAACUCCUUGGACAAAACCCUAAAAGAUACAGAGAGAAUCCGGCAGUAGAGCUUGAAGAAGGGAAUUUUCCGUCGGAAGUGAGUUCUCCGGCGGUGUUUAGAUGUGUUAGAUUGAGCACGACCGACAAUGCGGAGGAUCAGUAUGCAUACCAAACAUCAGUGAACAUUAGAGGACAUGUAUUCACCGGCAUUCUUUAUGACCAAGGCCCUGAUGGAACUUAUGUUGCCGGAGAAAGCUCUUCCGGUGGCUUGCAUUUUGUCAAGUUAAAAGAACUCUUUUUAUGGAAGGAGUAA